ACGCCAGAGGCAAGGGCGUGAUGCUGCAUGGCCUGCUGGUAGUUGAAGUCCAAGUGCUCGAGAGGAAUUUAUGGCAGCCGUAAUGUGGUUUGUCUAUCAGAGAGACAAUGCUCACAGACGGAUACUUUGUCUUGGUUCUGCGCUUGCUGCAUUGGUGGAUUAGCGGCUUGGGGUGGCGAACGGGUGGGAAAAAGGGAUGGAUAAAGUAAGCAUAGCAGAGGCCUUUACGCCGCUGCUAUCGCUACUGCCAAUCGCAAGGCUUUCGUAUCCCGGAAGUGGCUGAUCUGUUGGAUUUGACGCGGAGGCGGUUCCUCUUACUACGGUGGCCGGGGUGCUCAAAGUACCUGUAGCUGCGGCGCUGAGGUCGGAACGUCUGCGUGUGUGCGGGCUGGUUUUGUGGCGGCUGCUGCUAGAGCUGGAGCAUUUCCCGGGUUGGUGGCUCCUGCACAUUUUUACAGUUCUCCAGUCCUUCUGUUUCGGUGAGGGAUCGGCUUGAGGCUAAAGGAGUCGAGAAGUUUGGGACUUAGCGUCUCUGGUCCCCGAAUGACUGGGUUUCUUGCGGGGGUCCGCCUUCAGUGAAGACCCUGUGGCCAACCAUCUGGGUUCUCUGAGGGUUUUGGCGCCUUCCUUGUCUCUCCUUUCUAGUGUCAUUUGUCUUCUAACUCUUCCUCGCUUUGUCCUGGGUUCCAGAGAUAAACCGUAAGCCUAACUGUGGGCAGCUGUUCCUCCUUUCCUUGUGGUUUUCUUAGAUGUUGCAGGCAAGACUCUUUCCCCUGAUCUAUCGCAUCCAUUUGACCCCUCCUCAUGCCAGUGCUCUGUCGGCCCUGUUUUUCCUCGUUUAAAAAAUAAAAAAAAGGGAAAUAAUAAUAAUAACUGGAUCCCCACUGUCUCUCUGUUCUCAUUCCUAGCCUCUUUCUCCCUUUUUGGUGUUUGUUACUGCUUCAAGCCAUAACACACUGCCUUGCAUAUAUUAAUGCCUUUCCAUCUAAAUAUUAACGUUCAUUCACUUCAUUUGGUUCCCGCUCACCGUGAACUCUCCCAACCCUACCCACAUCUAAGGGCUUUUGAGGUUGGAGGUGUAGAAUAAAUUCUUACAUAUGAUGACUAUAUUCAUAUAUGAGAACCUUCAGCGGUCAACUCAGCAUCACUGCUUAUUGAGUUUAUAUUUCUUGUGAUUUCUUUGGCUUACCUUUUCGUUUUGUAUUGGUUAUUUACCCACAUGGGGCUCACUGCUACCCUAUAGUUACAGAAGAAUACCUCGUCUUACAUCUUUUUAUAUCCGAAUUACUUAGGAGUUUUCUUAUGUUUUCCUGCUCGGACCAUAUGUCCCCGGUGGGUUUUUGGCAAUGAUUUUGUGUCAGUUGAUGGCAGAAAGAGACAAGGGAAUGAUCUUCUUGCUUGCUUGUGACUUGUAAUUAGAUUAUGAGCCAUUAAGAGUACCCAGAGGGAGUGGAAAGACUUUGAAAGUCAGUAUAAAAGAUUAAACUCUACAGAAGAAUGCAAUCAAGUGAUGGCUUUUCCUUUAGAAUUUGAAUAUGGAGGCUACAGGAACAGAUGAAGUUGACAAGCUAAAAACCAAAUUUAUAUCUGCUUGGAACAACAUGAAAUAUAGUUGGGUGUUGAAAACAAAGACGUAUUUUAGUAGAAAUUCUCCUGUAUUAUUGCUUGGAAAAUGUUACCAUUUUAAAUAUGAAGAUGAAGAUAAAACGUUACCUGCAGAGUCGGGAUGUACAAUAGAGGAUCACGUAAUUGCAGGAAAUGUAGAAGAAUUUCGUAAAGAUUUCAUUUCUAGAAUAUGGCUGACCUACAGGGAAGAAUUCCCUCAAAUAGAAGGCUCAGCUUUGACAACAGACUGUGGGUGGGGCUGCACAUUGAGAACUGGCCAGAUGCUCUUGGCUCAAGGACUCAUACUACACUUUCUUGGUAGAGCUUGGACCUGGCCUGAUGCUUUGAAUAUUGAAAAUUCAGACUCUGAAUCAUGGACUUCCCACACUGUCAAAAAAUUUACUGCAUCAUUUGAAGCAUCACUUUCAGGGGAAAGAGAAUUCAAAACCCCAACAAUUUCUCUGAAGGAAACAAUUGGGAAAUAUUCUGAUGAUCAUGAAAUGCGAAAUGAAGUUUAUCAUAGGAAAAUCAUCUCUUGGUUUGGUGAUUCCCCCUUGGCUCUUUUUGGCUUACAUCAACUAAUAGAAUAUGGAAAGAAGUCUGGGAAAAAAGCAGGAGAUUGGUAUGGACCAGCUGUGGUUGCUCACAUUUUAAGAAAAGCAGUUGAAGAAGCAAGGCAUCCUGAUUUACAAGGAAUAACUAUUUAUGUUGCACAAGAUUGUACAGUUUACAAUUCUGAUGUAAUUGAUAAACAGAGUGCUUCCAUGACUUCUGAUAAUGCAGAUGACAAAGCUGUUAUUAUUCUAGUUCCUGUUAGACUUGGUGGAGAAAGAACCAACACCGACUACUUAGAAUUUGUGAAGGGUAUUUUAAGCCUGGAAUAUUGUGUGGGUAUUAUUGGUGGCAAACCUAAACAGUCAUAUUACUUUGCUGGAUUUCAAGAUGACAGUUUGAUUUACAUGGAUCCUCAUUACUGCCAAUCUUUUGUAGAUGUCAGCAUAAAGGAUUUCCCUCUUGAGAUGCUGAAAUUUUCUUCUAAGGAGAAAUAUCCCUUAUUUACUUUUGUAAAUGGUCAUUCCAGAGACUAUGAUUUUACAUCUACUACAACCAAUGAAGAAGACCUUUUUUCAGAGGAUGAAAAGAAACAAUUAAAAAGAUUUAGCACGGAAGAGUUUGUCUUGCUUUAAAGAUUAGCACAUUUGUGCUUGAUAAGAAGAAUUCCAUUGAAAGGGGAAAAAUGAAGAGAAACAAGUAUAUCUGAAAUGUUUAUUUUCACAAAUAUCUUAAUUUUAUAUGUUCUUUAAAAAAGAACAUUUGAAAAUAUAAAAGUUAAAGAUAUUUUUCUAAAAGACAAAUGAUUUAAUGAAUCUUGCUUUCUAAUAAAUAAAUUGAGUGAUUCUGGUUGCAUUCCUAUUUCCCUAAGAUCUACUAGUGAUAAUUCUACCUUAACUGUAAGCCUUUUAGUCUUCAAAGUCUUCCACCUGAGCCCAUUGUUCUCAUGGAGGUUUUGUGAUAUUAACCUUCCCCCAAAGACUGGGAUCACCAAAUAGUUUCAAAAUUCUCAGUUUGUACUAAAGACCAGAAGAUCAGAGAAGGAAACUUUAAUGCUGUCUAGCCUCCUGCUAUUAAUGCAAUCAAAGAAUACUUUUGCAUAUGUCUUGAUAAUUAAAUAGUAUUUGUUAACUGUGAUAUGCAUACACUUAUAUAAGCAGAAUUAUGAGUUAAAGUAAUACUUAGCAAUAUGAUUUUAUAAUGGCUCCUCAUUAUGCUUGCUGUUGAACCUUUUAUGAGGAGUGAAUAUAAAGUAUUGGUUUUCCCUCACAAAUUUAAAGGUUAUGUUAUUAAUACUAUUAUAACUACAUCAAUCAAGUCAGAUAAAGGCAACUAUAAAAUAGUAGUAGUGUUUGUUUCCUAUCUCAAGGGCGAAAUUUUAUGGGAACUCAAUUUAUUAUGCAGUUUUUAAGUUUAAAAUACCAAGAAAGAUGUCACUAGAUUCUCUUCUAUGUGAUUUUUGUUUUUUAUAUAAAGCAGUGUAGUGGUGUUUAGAAGCUGAGGCCACCUGUAAGGCAAAUCUGCCUUAAGUGUAUUAUGUGUUACUUAAAGGCAAAUUUGUGAUCUAAAAGUACAAGAGUGAUUUUUGAGCUAGGAUUAUAAAAUACAUAAUAAAGAUGUGAGAAGAUAAAA